AUGAGUAAGGUAGGAGACUCGAGCAAAAAAUUCCAUGUGAACUCAAGUGGCUUGCUGGGCGCAGAGUCGCUGGAAAAUUUGACUAGCUCGCUGGAAAAGUCCUUUUCGGCCUCACCACGUACUUCUCCAUCAAGACCACGCAAAACUCGCAAAGAAACACAAAUAUCACCAUCUUCAGGGACACAUCCUCAAUCACAAAGCCCAACGGUGUUCAGUCCUGCUGCGCACGAAAUCUCGAAGAAGUUUGGCAAGUUUACAGAGAAAUUCAGCUUUGGCUCGCCGCGGAGCGCAGUUAGUAACUCGGGAAAUUCACUUCCGUCUCAGAAUAAUCAAUCCAGGCCUUUGAAGAGUACUAAAAUCACCUCUCCUAGGCUCCAAGAACCAUACAAGUCUCCCAAUAUAAGGGGUACAACAACCUCGUCGCAACAAAGCUCACCUGAAUCAAAGCGCAAGAAUUCGAUACCAGACUCGUGUAUAUUCUGUGAUCUUCCUCUGCAGUCCAUGCUACUGUACAAGUCUGAGAAAAUGGACCCUGAAGGUAUAAUAGAGCUUAGGUGUCAACAUAGCUGCCAUGAGAAAUGUCUCCUGUUGGAGAUGGAAUUCGUCAAUAUUUCAAAAGUACCGUUGGCGGCUUCAGUGGCGACUGUAUAUUUCCCUCAUUGUCCCAAGUGUCAUCAAAACGUGCGAGCAGUUCCUGCAUCCCAGGCAGUUGCCGACCAAAUGAUCACUAACACCUUGACAGUGCCUGUCAGAAAACCGGAGCCAGCACAUAGUUUUCAUUAUCGCCAGCCAAAUUCUCAACCGGGCUCCAACGGAUCCUCUCCACUGAUCGCACAGCGCAAUAGAGCAGAUCAAUGGGUGCAUCAAAGACACGCCAAAAAGCCUUCGCGUGGGUCAUCAAUUUCUGCUGUAUCUUCCAUUAUAUCAUCGGUAUCCGUCCAAGCAGUACCGGAAUCAGGCAGCACGACAACUUUGCCCUUGGAUUCCUCAAGGAUGAAGAGUUCGUGGACAAGCGACUUUCCAAUCUAUCUUCUGCGGUCAAAAUUUAUAGGGGAGCUGAUCAUGCUCCAGUCCCAAAAAUUUGAUACCGUUAGACUUAAUCAGUUGGCCGUGGACUCAUUCGGUGAUUUGCGCCUCUUUGACAAGUUGGAGAUAAGCGAUGACCUUGUGCUGUGGGAUGAAUGCUACUGUUACUUGUUUGAACGCAUGCUUGUGCUUGUGGAUUUGUGCGCUAGCACGAUCAAAACGUAUUCAAUCGACCACUCCCUAAAAUCUCAAAUUCCUUCACCAACAGUGGUGAAGGCUCAGUUUGGCUCCCAACUACUGUAUUUGAGCUGUUCGGAGGAGGAGGUGCUGGAAAAAUGGGGGGUGGCGUUGACCAACCUCAACACGGAGUUUCCGAGCGGUUUGAUUACCACAACAGUGAAAGAGGACGAAUUCUACGAAAUGCUCAAAUUCAACGAAACCGAAACACCCCAACAACUUCCGCCAGGCGUGGACCCAAAAUUCUACGAAGCUACCAUUAAUUCGCUGGUGUUUAGUCGUAAGCCGACCGCAAUGAUUAUUGUUAUCAACCAACUCACUCCCUCACACCAUUCAUUAGUAUCCAUAAAAAACAUCGUGCGCAGUUUAUUGAUGGUCAAGAUUCAGAUAUGCAUGAUAUUUACUUCUUCUUUGCAGUUGCGUCCGGAGUCUCAGGUGUUGAGUACGCUGAAUUUUGAUGUGGCCGACGACGAUGAGAAGGAGGAUCUCUUCAGUAAGAUUGACGAGUACCAGAAGCUGCUGAGCGAUGUGACUCCAACUGCCGACGAGAACAAGCUCCACUGGGGGACGGACGACACUCUCUCCGCAGUUUUACAGAGCUUUCGGGACAAAAGUCCUUAUUCUGAACUUGACGAUCUCGCUACCGUGGUGUUGUCGGUUACUCCGCUGAGCGAACUGAACCGGCUUCCUACGUCGAAGAAUAUUUUUGUUGAAAUAAGUACGCCCCCAAACCUGAAUCCGUCCCCUAGAAGAUCGAGUGUUUUCAACGUUACUGGUUGGGAGGAUGCUAUGGAAGCUAUAUGCAGCUAUACUGGACUAGAAUUUGACGACAGUGACUUCGAAGAAACCUCUGACGAAAGUGACGAUGACGAGCGCCUGAAGCCAGCAGGCAGUGACUCUAACUUGGCCUCCAGUCAGGUUAAAAGUGCACCAAGGUGGAGCACUUUAUUGAAAGAUCUAGAUAAGGCGUUGGAGGAAACAAAAAAUCACUCUAGGAGAUAG